AUGGUCCAACAUGUUGUCAAGCAAAUGCAAUCUGAGUUUGAAAUGAGUUUGGUAGGUGAAUUAACUUACUUUCUUGGACUCCAAGUCAAACAGAUGGAAGACUUUGUCUUUCUUUGUCAAAGAAAGUAUGCAAAGAAUAUUGUGAAGAAAUUAAGAUUGGAGAAUGCUAGUCAUAAAAGAACUCCUUCUCCUACUCACUUGAAGUUAUCUAAAGAUGAAAAGGGCAUAAGUGUUGAUCAUAGUUUGUAUAGAAGCAUGAUUGGUAGUCUUCUAUACCUUACAGCAAGCAGACCAAAUAUAACUUUUGUUGUUGGAGUUUGUGCUAGAUAUCAAGCAGAACCCAAAGGAGUGGAUUCAAAUGUUUUUCCAGAUGUUCAAACAUAUUUGGCAAAAGAAACUAGCCUUGAAGGUGAUUCUAGUGAAAAGGCUGAUGAAUAUGUCCCUAAGCAAGUUGUGCAUGAAAGAAGGAGUAAGAAAAAGGAUAAUGAAUGUGUCCCUGAGCAAGUUGCUCAUGAAAGAAUGAGUAAUAAGAAGGUUGAUUAUGGUGUCAAUAUUGAUGACCUAACAACUGAUAAGGAACCUCUUACCAACAUCUUGGCUCUUGGAAUAGACAAAAGACUUCAGAGAAGAAAAGGAAAGAUAGAUGAAGAGGAAAAGGAAGUUGAACAUGGUGGUGAUGACAAUGUUGGAGAUGAUGUAGAGGACUCUAUUGAUGGCAAUAUUGAUGAGAAUGAUGAAGAUAAAGAAUCUUAA